GGGGGAGCUCAUUUUCAUGAAAACCUCAGUGGAAACACUGAUGGUCUUUGGGCACAAAGGGGGUUUUGUUUCAGUGUUUGCUGAUUGGCUCAGGCAACUCUAAGACUCCAUGGCAGUGCUUAGGAAUGGACUUCCAUUAUAUGCCCAGAACCACAGAACCCUGCACCACUUCAACACAGUGGAGUCCCAUCCACAAAGCAACAUGGUCAGCCGCAUUGAGCAUCCUGCAGGUGGCUACAAAAAAAUCUUUGAGUCGUGUGAGGAGUUGGCUGAGCCCAUACCUGCCAAUGUUACUGGUGUAAUUCCAUCAUGGUUGAAGGGCAGCCUACUCCGUCUGGGGCCUGGACUCUUUGAAAUUGGUGAUGAACCAUUUAACCAUCUGUUUGAUGGCCAAGCACUUAUGCACAAAUUUGACCUGAAGAAUGGGAAAGUCACCUACUAUCGCAGGUUUCUGAGAACUGAUGCUUACGUGCGAGCUAUGACUGAGAAAAGGAUUGUGAUCACUGAAUUCGGUACUGCAGCCUUCCCAGAUCCCUGCAAAAACAUCUUCUCCAGGUUUUUUACUUACUUCCAAGGCAUUGAAGUGACAGACAACUGCCUAGUGAAUGUCUACCCUAUUGGAGAGGACUUCUAUGCCUGCACAGAAACCAACUUUAUUACCAAAGUCGACCCAGACACUCUGGAAGCAGUAAAAAAGGUAGACUUGUGCAAAUAUGUCUCAAUCAAUGGCAUCUCUGCGCACCCACACAUCGAGCAAGACGGCACAGUCUACAACAUUGGAAACUGCUUUGGGAAGAACAUGUCCCUGGCCUACAACAUCGUCAAAAUCCCUCCAGCGCAAAAAGACAAAUCUGAUCCCAUUGAGAAGUCCAAAGUUGUUGUACAGUUCCCCAGCAGUGAGAGAUUCAAGCCAUCUUAUGUGCACAGCUUUGGUAUGACAGACAAGUACCUUGUAUUUGUUGAGACUCCAAUAAAGAUACACCUCUUGAAAUUUCUGAGUUCAUGGAGCAUCAGAGGAACAAAUUAUAUGGACUGCUUUGAGACAAACGACAAAAUGGGAACAUGGUUUCAUUUGGCUACUAAAGAUCCUGGGGAAUAUAUUGACCACAAAUUCAGGACAUCUGCUUUUAAUUUGUUCCAUCAUAUAAACUGUUAUGAAGACCAUGGCUUUAUAGUGGUGGACCUGUGCACCUGGAAAGGAUCGGAACUGGUGUAUAACUACUUGUACCUGGCAAACUUAAGGCAGAACUGGGAGGAGGUGAAGAAAACCGCCAUGCAGGCACCACAGCCAGAAGUACGGAGAUACGUGCUUCCUCUGGACAUCUACCAGGAAGAACAGGGAAAGAACCUGAUCUCACUUCCAUACACCACAGCCACAGCUGUCCUGUGCAGUGAUGGGACCAUUUGGCUUGAGCCUGAGGUCAUUUUCUCAGAACCACGACUGGCAUUUGAGUUUCCUCAGAUCAACUACAGUAAACACAGUGGGAAAGAUUACACCUUUGCCUACGGACUCGGACUGAACCACUUCAUUCCUGACCAGAUUUGUAAGCUGAAUGUGAAGAGCAAGGAGAUUCAGGUUUGGCAGGAACCAGACUCAUACCCAUCCGAGCCUCUGUUUGUGCCAAGUCCAGAUGCUGAAGAUGAGGACGAUGGUGUUCUAUUGUCCAUAGUGGUAAAACCAGGGGCCGACCAGCAUCCAGCCUACCUUCUAAUACUCAACGCCAGAGACCUAACUGAAAUAGCACGGGCUGAGGUUGAUGUCAUCAUUCCAGUUACUUUCCAUGGCAUGUACAAAGAAGCCUAGACGUGCCAGUGAGGUACAGCAGAGAUGACUAAUACACUGCCCUGAGAUCUGUAAUAACUUUACACAAGUCCCAGCUUUGCUCUGAGAAAACUGUUUCCCCGUGGUAACUGAAUACACUGAUGAACUUAAACAUGAAAAUGUAUUUAAACUGUUGUCUUGUUUACAAUGUGUUUACCAUAUUUCUCGCACUAUAAGGGGCACCUCAAUAAAUGUCUAUUUUCUGGUCUAUUUUAAUACAAUCAGGCACAUCGUGUUAUAAGGCACAUUAUGCAACACUAGUAAGGUACAGGGUUGCACCAUAGUUUCUUCUAAUUCAGCAGGUCUUGCCGCUAAUGUUAAUAAUGCUCCAGUAGAGCUAGCUGGGUUAGCAGCAGGCUACAGGCUGAUAAUACUGACCUCUAAUCGACAAAAGAGCAAGCGCUUAGCAGCCUCUGUGCUGGAGAACUAAACUGAAACUCCUUUAUAACGCUGCACUUCAGUGGUGUGGCUUUACGGCUCCUUAAUACCUGAUUGGUAGAAUACAUUCACAGGAUGCACAGGAUUUUAAGGCGCACUGUUGAUUUUGGGGAAAAUUAACUAAAUUUAAGUGCACUUUCUAGUGCGAAAAAUAUGGUUAUCCAGUCAAUACAUUUGAGGGAAUUGUGAAAAAUUGCACUUUUUUUGUGUAGAGUUUACUCCAUAUUAUAAAUAAAUAGUACCUAAAUUAACCAACUGGGACCCAUGGGAUAGUAGCCCCCAUAAACAAAAUAUUUUUUCUAGUGUAUCUCAGCUGUUCAAUUAAGGUAUUUUUUUUACUAUAAAUGUGAGGUAAAGAACUCUAUCUGAAUAAAACUAUAGAAUAAUAGGUGCUUUAAUUGUAUUAAAUAGAUUCUAUAGGUUAUUAUUAUUAUUUUUUUUUUUACAAUUAGUUACUGUAAUUUGGAAGCUCUCACAUAUGGGUGCUUCUCUGUAUUUAGAGUACCCACAGCAAUGUUCUGUAUUUGAUUGAAACAGUACUUUAUGGUUGAAUUUUCCUGUAAUGUAUUAUUACAGUGUAUUUUAACCCUAUUCAUUUUGGGGAAAAAAAUCUGUUAAUUUAAGUUCCAUCAUGAUUGAAGAAAUGUACCACUAAAUACAGCACAUUUAAAUGUUUUCUUGUGUAAAAAAAAUAAUAACUGAUUUCUCCCAAAAGGUGAAACGAUUAAUAUAGUAAAUAGAAGGGCUCAUCAUUUUGUAUUAAGUGUUCAUUUGAAAUAUAAGAGACUUAUUAUGAAUGAGUUUACUGCUGCACUUUUUCUUAAUAAGACGCUAGUUCGUGUACAGUUUAAAUGUUUGUUAGUUCCAACAAUAUUUUCUUAAGUAGUGAUUUUCUCAACACAUUGUGUAAAACAGAUCAUUGUGUUUUAUUUGAAAUCUGAUUUUGUUUUCAAAUCGUCAGUGCAAACUGUUGUAUUUUUUAUAAUACUGUAAUUUGUAUUUUAUAAAAGAAAGAAACCAGUUGGAGCCAAUGGUUUUACCACGGCCCUCUCAAACUCCACCUCUCAACUGUAAACUGUAUAGUAAAACAUGACUAUAACAGUC